AAUACACCAAACAUCUUUAAUAUUAGUUUUAUAGAUCAAUGAUCAUUACCAGCCUGUAAUUAUACGCUCUUUACCAAACAUUUUUAUAAAGAUCAAUGAUCAUUACCACUCCUGGCCUGAGAGAUUAGAAAAUGGCUUCUAAUCAAAACACUCUUAAAAGAGCUUUGGCUACUCGCCGACAGAGGACAAGUAGAGCGAACUCAGAAGAUGUAUGUCUCGAUAGUGAAGAUCCCAGUCCAAAGGCUAGUCCAAAACCACAGCGACACACAAAGUUUGACAUCCAAGAUAAUGAUGAUCAUCAAAGUGAUGAUGAGUCAUCCAAGGCAGAGGGUGCCUUGAUUCAGACUGAUCAGGCUGGAGAGAAGCAAUCAAGAAACUGGUGCUUUUUUUGCCGUAUACAAGUGGAAUCCAAGACUAUACGUCUAUUGUUUCGAUUUUGUGCCAUCUUUAACAUUCUCUCCCUAGUGUUCUCAGCCCCUUUUUUCAUCUGUCCAAAGGACCUUCCUGGUACACCCUCUCUGCCACUAGGCUCAAGUCCCGGGGGAAACCUCAGCCACAAUGAAUUUGAUGGUUUAAAAAGCUGCAACAACGUGUUCAUACAGUACUCUAUCAUCACGGUGGUGGAUUUUCUCCUUGCUGUGUUCUACACCCUCCAAACUCUGGCUAGAAUUGAGUAUCUUAUAUAUCUCCGACGUACCAAGAGCCGAAAGUCCCUGGAAGUCCCUGAGAUUCGGUUUGGCCCAGACAACUCCCCAAUACAGGAUGAGAGCUAUGGAUCUGUUUUGAGAUUGAUCAACCUGAUCAUUAUCACACUGGCUCUGUGGUACUCAGUGGGCAUUGGGGUGUAUCGUACAUACAUUGUGGCGACCAAUCGAGCUGACCCCCAGAUCCACUGGGCUUACUACUGGGGUCUGCCGUUCAGAAUGCUCUCCUUGUUCACAGCGGUGAAGCUUCUGAGGUAUCUGGCCCUCAUCAAAUCAUCCGACUUCAGAGAUAUCCUCGACAAUAUUCAGAAGGCUCUAAACAACCUUAAGAAAAACAAAAAGCGGUUUUACCAGCUUUUAGUGGUGACUCUGUUCUACCUAUUCUUCAUCUAUGUGUUUGCUCUGGUUGGAGUGCAGUGGAUCGGUGGCCUUGACACAAAGUGUAUGCAUAACGACUCCAACAACUUUAGUCUAGCUAUUCCUGUGACUCACUGUGUGAUAACUGAAAGUGACUUAAUGCCUCGAGAGAGGACCUGUUUUGCUAAUGAGAAUGGUGACAGUUUCGACUGCCAAGGCAAGGGUAAAGCUCUAGACAUUAACAAGAGAAACACAGUCUACCUCGGACAGUUCAGGACUAUACUGGAUGCCAUGUUUGGAGUGUACGAGGCGUCCAGCUGGGAGCUAUGGAUCUUCAUGUGGUACAACGCUGCUAGUGGCGCCCCGCGAACACAGUUCUCCAUUUUUAUCUUUUAUAGCCUCCUCUUCUCCUUCCUCGUCAUCUUCAUCCAGCAAAGCAUUUUUUUGGUGGUGAUCAUUGAAUCAUUUGCUGACCUCCGUGUGGAGUCCUCCUCUGACUCUACCAAACCAGUCACAGACAAACCAGCCAUCGUUCUCUCUGACCCUCUGGGCCAGGGCAACGAACUCCACCUCACCCUCAUCAAGAAGGAGUCCUCUAAUGCCUUCCAGAGAAAAUUCAACAAGUACUACUACUCGUGGUGGCGUGGGUGGGUGGGCAUUGAGACCGCUUUCAUUUUCCUGGUCAUUGUGGACGCCAUCGUCUUUGCCUCUAAGAGCAGUAACAUGUCGUCAGUAUGGGGAGAAAUACUAGACUACUGGCAGAUUGCUGUCAGCAUUAUCUUCUUCCUAGAGAUUGGCGGUGUACUGGUGGUUCAUCUGUUUUACAAGCAGCCACGAUUGUUCUUUGAGAGCAAAUAUUUUUGGUACCUUAUGAUCGUCGCCGUGACGAGUCUAGUGUCAGCUGGACUUUACAGAACCAAUAUGGUCUCUGGUGUAAACGUUCUUGCAGUCUCUCAGGCUGCCCGUGGUCCUAGAGUGCUUCGUCUCCCGCUCAUCAACCAGUUCUUUAAGCGUGUGUUUGGCAACGGGUCUCGACUGAUCAUGGUCACAGUGGCGGUGCUGGUGUUACUAGGGGUGUUCUCUGUAGUGGCUGUGCAGGUGUUUGGCUACCUUCCUGUGGAGCCUGGCUGUGAGAGAACUGGUGCUGGACAGUUCAGUGACUUCUUUACUGGUUUCCAGUCCAUGUUCCAGCUGGUAAUGCAGGAAGGAUGGACGGAGUUGAUGGGAGAGGUCAUGUGUCAUCGUACCGGCUCGUGGGUCCUCAUUAACGCUGCCUUUAUCGGACUCCACCUCCUCGGCUCACUCAUCCUCCUCAACAUUUUUGUGGCCGCCAUUCUCGAUAAUUUGGAGUAUGAUGACGACACAAAGAGGCAGAAACUCGAAGAGGAUCUUAAGAAACAAAAGGUUGAGAAAGUGCCUCGUGAUCUUAAACUCUUCAAACAGUUUGGGCAAAAGAAAAUCUCAGGCCCUAAAAUUUCCUCAAUCGAUGUGCCUAACUUAACUGAAGCAGACGUAAGGAACUUUUACAAUGUGGGAGAGGCGACUGAUUUCCCUGUGUCUUAUGAUAAUGAAUCUGAACCGGCACAUCUUGUGUCCGACUUUUCAGCUGAACGUCAGAGCUCUGUUCUCUCUGAUAUUGAUCUACUCACGGAGGACAAGAGCCAUUUGCUCCAGUCCAGUGUGUCCAGUCAUCACGGAUGGUAUUACGGGAUACAGGGGAUACUCAACUACAUUAAAGCAUUCCGAGAACACAGCCAGGCUGUCGAAGGAAGUAGGCGUGGUCAAGGCGUGAGUGGGAGGAGCACUGUGGGUGGAGUGGGGGGACAGGUCGACUCUACUUUACAGGGACAGAGUGAGUAUGAUGAAUAUCGAGAGAAGUAUCGUCUCUUCGACAGUGCCCUGUUCUGUCUGCCCCCGGAGCACAAGUUGAGGAGAGUAUGUAAGAAGAUCAUCACGUAUCGUGUCUCCCUCCCCAAGUCCAACCCCACCAAUAAUCCAGCCUCGAAUUGGCGCCAAAUUCCCGGGAAAUGGUGGAGCUAUUUCGCCUACUUCAUAAGAUAUGUAGUGAGCAGUGCACCUGUGUUCUACUGGUGCAUAGAUCUGCUAACAUUGGCCACUCUUUUUGUUCAAGCGUGGGAGCUCUGGACUCACGAAGAUACUACUCCAAAUCCGUCUUACAUAUGGAUGAGCGACCUUGUGUUUGUUCUAGCCACUCUCACUGAGCUUGUACUCAAGAUCAUUGUGAACGGUGUCCUGCUCAACCCGAAUGGUGCCCUGCGCUGUCUCUGGGGAUGGCUGGACUGGCUUAUCAUGUUGGCUACCCUCAUCGUCAUGAUUGUCUACCUUGUUGCCUGUGGGUGUAUGAUUUCGUUUGAGGUGACCUUCAGCCCAGCACUUGUGUUACCAUACAUGCAAGCCUUGCUGACGAUUCGAGCCUUUCGUCCUAUUCGAAUGAUCAGCUUGAUCCCGAGCAUGCGUAGAGUGGUCCUUGACAUCAUAGAAGGAUGGAGAUCUUUCGUCUUGGCUCUGUUUUUGUUCCUCCUCUUUUUGUUCCUGUUUGCUAGUCUCGGAGUACAACUGUUUGCAGGAGAGAACAGUCCCCAGAAGUUCUGUAACGACCCCAACAUGAUCAACAUGGAGGAUUGUGUGGGGGAGUUUGAGAUUUUCAUUGACAUAUCCCCCCACGAGCUUAUACCCACUGAUGAUAUAGCCACCUCCAUGUUUGUACCGAGAGUCUGGUACGACCAUCGUAGAGACUUUCGAUUUGACAACAUUGGAGUAGCUCUGUUGACCCUGUUCCAGGUGCUCACGACAGAGGGGUGGCCACAGGUCCGAAACUUGUUUGACUCAGAGCCAUUCAGUACACGACCUCUAAAUUCCUGGAUCAUGUCCAUCUACAUCCACCUGUUUGUGUUCAUUGGAGUCAACAUAGUUCUGCAGCUGUUUGUGGGUAUCGUCGUCAACAACUACAACGAGCACAAACCCAACCACUCUGCCCUCCUCACUGUGUCCCAGAAACGCUGGUUCGACCUCGUUGAGAGGAUCUCCCUCACUCGACCCAUCAAGAAACCACCAGUGCCACGUCACAGCUCAGUGAGAAAAGCCCUGUAUCGAGUCUUCUCCUACCUUGGCUAUCGUAAUUUUGCUGCCUUUGCUGUCCUCUUCAGCUCAGCCGUGUUCUGGGUCCCGUGGACUACUAUCGAUGAACUGACUACCAGCACCAUGGCACUCAUCUACGUGUCCAUAGGCUUUUCAGUCCUCUUCAUAAUUGAGCUGGUGUUGAAGCUGAUUGCUUUCGGACCCAACUACUUCAACAGUUUUAGAAAUGUGUACGACUUUUUGCUGUGUGUGCUCAGCGUCGCCUUUAUUGCCAUGGCAAGCUACUACAUGACUCCAGGCAAUAGACAAAAUCUAGAUCUACAAUACGUGACAGACAUGGCUCUCUCCAUAUCAGUGCUCAGGUUAUUUACCAUUCUCAUGAAAUAUCGUGUGUUCCAGAAUCUUAUGGAGACUGUAGUGAAAACUAUCUACCGAAGCUUGCGUCUAUUAUUUGUACUGGCCAUGACCAUGGCUUUGUACUCCUUUGUGGGAACAUUGUUCUUUGGCAAUAUUCGAUCUGGUGAGGCCCUGGACUACAGCUUGGUCAACUUCAACGGGAUUUUUGUGUCGAUUCACCUUGUCAUACGAAUCAUGACGGGCGAGGACUGGUAUCAGAUAUUCUGGGAUACAAUGGUUGGUGAGCCAUAUUGCUCUGAUUCGCUUGGUAACUGCGGUAACGUGGCUGUGGCUGUGUUAUGGUUCAUAUCAUUCUACAUCCUUGUCUCCUUUUUCCUCAUCAAUGUAAUUAUCGCUGUUUUGCUGGAAAACUUCUCUAUCUUCUACGAGGACGAUGACACAGAGCUGAAUCGAAGUGCAGUAAAAGAUUUUAAGCAGAACUGGUUCUACUUUGACAAGAAGGCCACUGGGAAGAUCUCCAGUCUGACAGUCAAACUCUUCCUAAGAAUGCUCAGGAUAAAAGUGUUCUACACUUACAAAAUCAACGAGAAUGGAGUCAAGGAGCGACAAGGAAGUGGUGUGCUCAGUGACUCCCUUCUUCUCAGGGAAAUGGCAGAGGAGUUACGAAGGGACCAUCGUCAGCACGGGGCCAAGGCAGAGGAGACUGGGGGGAGUGGUCUACAACAGGAAGUGGAGCCAAAUAAAGAGCAUCACUCUUUCCAAAAUGUUCUUAAGAUGGUAGCGUAUCGUGUAGAAGACAUUAGUAAGAGGUUGGUACCACACGAGUUGUACGUCAGGGAAGAGUUGGAACAGAGUGUGCAGUUUGACGUGGCUGAGGACUGCAUCUUCAAGUGGAUGCAACGAUUCGUGAAGCCGGUCAUUAUCAAACAGGAAAAGCACAGAAGGCAAACGGUUGCUCAACUUCCAAGACAAAUUGAGAACAAGGAAACUGUCAUGUGGGACCCUCCCUCCCUCAACGUCCCUGAAGACGAGUGGAUAGAUCAGCCACUCUCAGCCGACUCUGAAGACGAAGGAGACAUGCUAACAACUAGCCUGGUCCUCCCCAGUCUACAGAGUAGCUUCCUCCGACCAGGGGAUGUCCCACUAACCAGGUCCGAUGAUGAGAUGGAGGUGGAGGCUGAUGUGUCAGAGAAGGAGAGGAAUGUGGCACGUUCAUAUGCCAAGUUGGCUGAGUUGGGACCUCCAAUUGAUCCAGGGAGGAGAGACAAGUGGCACGAUUGGAUCAAGAUGCAGAGCGAGUGGAUGGACAAGGUGGAGACUGACCCAGAUAACUACUUCGAUGACUAUCUGUAGAAAUUAUGCAAUUCAUUUUUAGCUUAUACACUAUUGCCUGUCUUGAAUUGAACAAUUAUUAUUUUUAGAGGAUUUUUAAUCACUUUUGUUUUAAUUACGUUAUACUUGAAAUCAACAUUAAUUUUGCACUCAA